UACCGCUGGCGGUCACUUCGCUCUCUGACUAGAGCCCAAGGACGCUAGGAGGGUCUGUCACUAGGAGACUUCAGGCUAUGAGCACUGCCAUGGCCCCCGUGCUUAGCAAGGACGCGGCGGACAUCGAGAGUAUCCUGGCUUUAAAUCCUCGAACACAAACUCAUGCAGCGCUGCAUUCCACUUCGGCCAAGAAAGUAGACAAGAAACACUGGAAAAGAAAUACUGAUAAAAACUGCAUUAAAUGCGAGAAGCUGGAGAAUAAUUUUGAUGACAUCAAGCACACGACUCUUGGUGAGCGAGGAGCUCUCCGAGAAGCAAUGAGGUGCCUGAAAUGUGUAGAUGCCCCCUGUCAGAAGAGCUGUCCAACCAAUCUAGAUAUCAAAUCAUUCAUCACAAGUAUUGCAAACAAGAACUAUUAUGGAGCUGCUAAGAUGAUUUUUUCUGACAACCCACUUGGUUUGACCUGUGGAAUGGUAUGUCCAACUUCUGAUCUUUGUGUAGGUGGAUGCAAUUUGUAUGCCACUGAAGAGGGACCAAUUAAUAUUGGUGGAUUGCAGCAGUUUGCUACCGAGGUGUUCAAAGCAAUGAAUAUCACACAAAUUCGGAAUCCUUCUCUGCCUCCUCCAGAAAAAAUGCCUGAAGCCUAUUCUGCAAAGAUUGCUCUUUUUGGUGCUGGGCCUGCAAGUAUAAGUUGUGCUUCCUUUUUGGCUCGAUUAGGCUACUCUGACAUCACUAUCUUUGAAAAACAAGAAUAUGUUGGUGGUUUAAGUAUUUCUGAAAUUCCUCAGUUCCGGCUACCAUAUGAUGCAGUGAAUUUUGAGAUUGAGCUUAUGAAGGACCUUGGUGUAAAGAUAAUUUGUGGCAAAAGCCUUUCAGCAAAUGAAAUGACUCUUAGCACUUUGAAAGAAGAAGGGUACAAAGCUGCUUUCAUUGGAAUAGGUUUGCCAGACCCUAAUAAAAACCAUAUCUUCAAAGACCUGACGCAGAACCAUGGAUUUUACACAUCCAAAGACUUUUUGCCACUUGUAGCCAAAAGCAGUAAAGCAGGAAUGUGCGCCUGUCACUCUCCAUUGCCAUCGAUACGGGGAGUCGUGAUCGUACUCGGAGCUGGAGACACUGCUUUCGACUGUGCAACAUCCGCUUUAUGUUGUGGAGCCCGCCGCGUGUUCAUCGUCUUCAGAAAAGGCUUUGUUAAUAUAAGAGCUGUCCCCGAGGAGGUGGAACUUGCUAUGGAAAAAAAGUGUGAAUUCUUGCCUUUCCUUUCCCCACGGAAGGUUAUAUUGAAAGAAGGGAGAAUUGUCGCCAUGCAAUUUGUUCGGACAGAGCAAGAUGAAACUGGAAACUGGCACGAACAUGAAGAUGAGAUAGUCCGUCUGAAAGCCGAUGUGGUCAUCAGUGCCUUUGGUUCAGUUCUGAGUGAUCCUAGAGUAAAAGAAGCCUUGAGCCCUCUAAAAUUUAACAGAUGGGAUCUCCCAGAAGUAGAUCCAGAAACUAUGCAAACCAGUGAACCAUGGGUGUUUGCAGGUGGUGAUAUUGGUGGUGUGGCUAACACUACAGUGGAAUCAGUGAACGAUGGAAAGCAAGCUUCUUGGUACAUUCACAAAUACAUACAGUCGCAAUAUGGAGCUUCGGUUUCUGCCAAGCCUGAGCUGCCCCUCUUUUACACUCCUGUUGAUCUGGUGGACAUUAGUGUGGAAAUGGCUGGACUGAAGUUUAAAAAUCCUUUUGGUCUUGCUAGUGCCACUCCAGCUACCAGUACAUCAAUGAUUCGAAGAGCUUUUGAAGCUGGAUGGGGUUUUGCCCUGACCAAAACUUUCUCUCUUGAUAAGGACAUUGUGACAAAUGUUUCGCCUAGAAUCAUCCGAGGGACUACCUCUGGCCCCAUGUAUGGCCCUGGACAAAGCUCCUUCCUGAAUAUUGAGCUCAUCAGUGAAAAAACGGCUGCAUAUUGGUGUCAAAGUGUCACUGAACUAAAAGCUGACUUUCCAGACAAUAUUGUGAUUGCUAGCAUCAUGUGCAGUUAUAGCAAAAAUGACUGGAUGGAACUUUCCAAAAUGGCUGAGGCUUCUGGAGCAGAUGCCCUGGAGUUAAAUUUAUCGUGUCCACAUGGCAUGGGAGAAAGAGGAAUGGGCCUGGCCUGCGGGCAGGAUCCAGAGCUGGUACGGAACAUCUGUCGCUGGGUGAGGCAAGCUGUUCAGAUUCCUUUUUUUGCCAAGUUGACCCCAAAUGUCACUGAUAUCGUAAGCAUCGCAAGAGCUGCAAAGGAAGGUGGUGCAGAUGGCGUUACAGCGACCAACACUGUCUCAGGUCUAAUGGGAUUAAAAGCUGAUGGCACACCUUGGCCAGCAGUGGGCCUUGGGAAGCGGACUACAUAUGGAGGAGUGUCUGGCACAGCAAUCAGACCUAUUGCUUUGAGAGCCGUGACCUCCAUUGCUCGUGCUUUGCCUGGAUUUUCCAUUUUGGCCACUGGUGGAAUUGACUCAGCUGAAAGUGGUCUUCAGUUUCUCCAUAGCGGAGCCUCGGUCCUCCAGGUAUGCAGUGCUAUUCAGAAUCAGGAUUUCACUGUCAUCCAAGACUACUGCACGGGCCUCAAAGCCCUGCUGUAUCUGAAAAGCAUUGAAGAACUACAAGACUGGGAUGGGCAGAGUCCAGCUACAGUGAGUCACCAGAAAGGGAAACCGGUUCCCCGUAUUGCUGAACUCAUGGGAAAGAAACUGCCAAGUUUUGGACCUUAUCUUGAGCAGCGCAAGGAAAUCAUAGCAGAGAACAAGAUUAGACAGAAAGAACAAAAUACAGUUUUGCCACCACUUGAGAGAAAGCAUUUUAUCCCCAAAAAGCCUAUACCUACCAUCAAGGAUGUCAUUGGAAAAGCGCUGCAGUACCUUGGAGCGUUUGGUGAACUGAGCAACCUAGAGCAAGUCGUGGCCAUGAUCGAUGAAGAAAUGUGUAUCAACUGCGGCAAAUGCUACAUGACCUGUAAUGACUCUGGCUACCAGGCGAUACGGUUUGAUCCCGACACCCACCUGCCCACCGUUACCGACUCCUGCACUGGCUGUACUCUAUGUCUCAGCGUCUGCCCUAUUAUCGACUGCAUCAAAAUGGUUUCCAGGACAACACCUUAUGAACCGAAGAGAGGCUUGCCCUUAGCUGUGAAUAAUCUGGUGUGUUAAGGUGAUUUGUGAAACUGUUGCUGCGAACUUGGAGGCCACCUACCUGUGCCGAUCUUUUUAAUUGUGAUCAUUGUGUUCGGCUCUUGCUAAAUGGAAACAAAUAGAUAAUUUCUGAACACAUUUCUAAAUGAAAACUGUAGAUCUCUAAAUAAAUUUCCAAAUU